CACUCCCUAUGGAUCUAGACGGCACUGCUUUGGGCCACAGUUCACUUCUUCAUUCUCCAGUCCGUAGCCCAUUUCCAAGAGCAGCCCCGGGCUCGUGAGCCUCCAGCCAGCGGAACCGUUACAAGCUGGAGUGACCGAGGGACGAGGGACAAGGCGAACGGAAGGCCCUGAGGAGGACACCGGUGGGACAAGACGUGUGCGAAGGUGACGCGGUGCAGGCGCACACAGGAAUGUGGAAUCUGAGCAAGCUGCUCCUUGGAUGGGCAGCUGUGUGUUGGGCGGCCUUCCACGCAGCUCACGGCCAGGGGGACGGAAACUUCCAGGCCAACCGCUUUACAGGUCCCUCCAAUGAGCGGGAGGUGCAGAGGGUCCGAAGGAGGGGUCAGGAGUCACUACGGGGGCCCAAUGUGUGUGGCUCCCGUUUCCACUCUUACUGCUGCCCAGGGUGGAAGACUCUGCCUGGCGGGAACCAGUGCAUUGUUCCAAUCUGCAGGAACUCCUGUGGGGAUGGCUUUUGCUCCAGGCCCAACAUGUGCACCUGCUCCAAUGGGCAGCUCUCCCCCAGCUGCGGGGCGGCAUCCGCAGUACAGUCCUGCAAUGUCAGGUGCAUGAAUGGAGGCUCCUGCAAUGAUGACACAUGCUCCUGCCAGAAGGGCUACACGGGCACCCACUGCGGGCAGCCUGUUUGUGAGAAUGGGUGCCAGAAUGGCGGGCGUUGCAUUGGGCCCAAUAGGUGUGCCUGUGUGUAUGGCUUCACCGGACCACAGUGUGAGAGAGACUACCGCACUGGACCCUGCUUCACGCAGGUCAGCAACCAGAUGUGCCAGGGUCAAUUGAGCGGCAUCGUGUGCACCAAGACUCUGUGCUGCGCCACCAUUGGCCGUGCCUGGGGCCACCCUUGCGAGAUGUGCCCCGCCCAGCCCCAUCCCUGCCGCCGUGGCUUCAUCCCCAACAUCCGCAGUGGAGCCUGCCAGGACGUGGACGAAUGCCAGGCCAUCCCUGGCCUGUGCGCCGGAGGGAACUGCAUCAAUACCGUUGGCUCCUACGAGUGCAAGUGCCCUGCUGGACACCGACAGAGUGAAAGCAACCAGAAGUGUGAGGAUAUCAACGAGUGCAGCACCAUCCCUGGCGUUUGUGAUGGGGGCGAGUGCACCAACACAGUGGGCAGCUACGUAUGCACCUGCCCUCGUGGCUACGUCACGAGUGCCGAUGGGUCUAGAUGUGUCGACCAGCGCGCCGGCACAUGUUUCUCGGCCCUUGCCAGUGGCCGCUGCGCAGGCGAACUCACGGGACAGUACACCAAGAUGCAGUGCUGCUGUGACACUGGCCGCUGUUGGUCUUCGGGACAGAUCCCCGAAAUGUGUCCCGUCAGGGGCUCCGAUGAGUACAGGCGGCUGUGCAUCGAAGGGUUUCCCUAUGGGAUCGGAAUUAAUCUGCCCUUCCAUUAUGGGUAUAAACCCAACAUCGGCAACCACAAUGGCAAUGGUGGCCAUGGGAAUGGAGGCCAUGGCAACAACGGCGGACAAAGUGGAGGUGAACGACCAAACAUCGACACAAUGACCCUAAAUCACACCAUUGAUGUCUGCAAGCACUUCACCAACCUAUGCUUGAACGGCCAAUGUGUGACGACACCGACAAGCUACUACUGCAAGUGUGACUUGGGCUACCAGCAGGACGUUCGCGGGGAGUGCAUAGACACAGACGAGUGCGUCAGCAGUCCCUGUGUCAACGGGGACUGUGUGAACACUCAAGGUUCCUACCACUGCAAGUGUCACGAAGGCUACCAGGGAGCCCCAACCAAGCAGGCGUGUAUAGACAUCGACGAAUGCAUUGUGAAUGGGGUCAUGUGCCGCAACGGCCGCUGUGUCAACACGGACGGAAGCUUCCAGUGCAUCUGCAAUGCCGGGUUCGAGCUCACUCCGGAUGGCAAGAACUGCAUAGACCACGAUGAGUGCGCCACCACCAAUAUGUGCCUCAAUGGCAUGUGCAUUAAUGAGGACGGCAGCUUCAAGUGCAUCUGCAAGCCUGGCUUUGCUUUGGCACCCAGUGGACGCUACUGUACCGAUAUCGACGAGUGCCAGACACCAGGCAUCUGUAUGAACGGGCGCUGCAUCAACUCAGAAGGCUCCUUCCGCUGCGAGUGCCCCAAGGGCCUGGCCAUCGAUGUGGACGGACGCGUCUGCGUGGACACGCACAUGCGCAGUACCUGCUACGGCGCCAUCAAGAUGGGCACCUGCUCGCGCCCAUUCCCUGGGGCUGUCACCAAGUCAGAGUGCUGUUGUGCCAGCCCAGAACAUGGCUUUGGGGAGCCCUGCCAACCAUGCCCUGCCCGCAACUCAGCUGAGUUUCUGGCCGUGUGCAGCAGCGGCAUUGGGAUCACGGCAGACGGAAGAGACAUUAACGAGUGUGCCCUGAACCCGGAGAUCUGCCCUAAUGGGAUGUGCGAGAACCUGCGUGGAAGCUAUCGCUGCAUCUGUAACAUCGGCUACGAGUCUGAUGCCAGUGGCAAAAACUGUGUGGACAUCAAUGAGUGCCUUGUGAACCGGCUGCUAUGCGACAACGGCCUGUGCAGGAACACCCCAGGCAGCUACUCCUGCUCUUGCCCCAAAGGCUUCGUGUUCAAGCCAGACUCAGAGACAUGUGAAGACAUCAACGAGUGUGAAUCCAGCCCCUGCAUCAAUGGCGUGUGUCGCAAUGUGGCCGGCUCCUUCAACUGCGAGUGCUCCCAUGGCAGCAAGCUGGACUCCACCAACACCAUCUGUGUGGACAGCAUGAAGGGCACUUGCUGGCUCAACAUUCAGGACGGGCGCUGUGAGGUCAACAUCAAUGGCGCCACACUGAAGUCCGAGUGCUGCUCCACGUUGGGUGCAGCCUGGGGCAGUCCGUGUGAGCGCUGCGAGUUUGACACGGCCUGUUCCAGAGGCUUCGCCCGUAUGAAGGGAGUCAACUGUGAAGACAUUAAUGAGUGCGAGGUGUUCCCCGGCGUGUGUGUCAACGGGCGCUGUGUGAACACACAGGGCUCUUUCCGCUGCGAGUGUGCCGAGGGUCUCACGCUGGAUGGGAGCGGGCGCACAUGCGUAGAUGUGCGCAGUGAGCAGUGCUACUUGAAAUGGGACGAGGAUGAGUGUGACGAGCCCCUUCCUGGGAAGUUCCGCCUGGACAUGUGCUGCUGCUCGGUGGGCGCCGCUUGGGGCGUCGACUGUGAGGAAUGUCCUAAACCUGGUUCUCCAGAGUACGCGGCCAUCUGCCCCAGGGGCCCUGGCUUUGCCAACAGGGGGGACAUUCUGACCGGCCGACCCUUCUACAAAGAUGUGAAUGAAUGCAAGGUCUUCCCCAGCCUGUGUUUACAUGGAACAUGCCGGAAUACCAUUGGCAGCUUCAAGUGCCGCUGCAGCAGUGGCUUUGCCCUCACCGCGGAGGAGAGGAACUGCACAGACAUUGACGAGUGCCGGAUUUCGCCUGACCUGUGCGGCCACGGCACCUGUGUGAACACUCCUGGCAGCUUUGAGUGCGAGUGCUUCGAGGGCUAUGAGAGCGGCUUCAUGAUGAUGAAGAACUGCAUGGACAUCGAUGAGUGUGAGCGGGAUCCUCUGCUCUGCCGUGGAGGCAUCUGCAUCAACACGGAUGGCAGCUAUGAGUGUGACUGCCCAUCUGGGCAUCAGCUGAGCCCCGAGGGCUCGUCCUGUGAAGACAUCAACGAGUGCCAGCUGAGUGAUAGCCUCUGCAAGAACGGCAACUGCGUGAACAUGGUGGGCACCUACCAGUGUUCGUGCGACACCGGGUACCAGGCCACACCAGAUCGCCAAGGCUGUGUCGACAUCGAUGAAUGCACCAUCAUGAAUGGCGGUUGUGACACCCAUUGCACCAACUCAGAGGGCAGCUAUGAGUGUAGCUGUGGGGAAGGGUAUGCCCUGAUGCCUGACCUGAGGACCUGUGCGGACAUCGAUGAGUGCGAGGACACGCCAGACAUCUGCGAUGGCGGACAGUGCACCAACAUCCCUGGAGAGUACCGCUGCUUGUGCUUUGACGGCUUCAUGGCAUCGAUGGACAUGAGAACCUGCAUUGAUGUCGAUGAGUGUGAUCUGAAUCCCAACAUCUGCCUCCAUGGUGACUGUGAGAACACCAAGGGCUCCUUCAUCUGCCACUGCCAGCUGGGCUACUUUGUGAAGAAGGGUUCCACCGGAUGCACAGAUAUCGAUGAGUGCGAGAUCGGGGCACAUAACUGCGACAUGCAUGCAGCCUGUGUCAACGUACCAGGGAGCUUCAAGUGCCGCUGCCGCGACGGAUGGGUGGGGGAUGGUGUCAAGUGUGUGGACCUAGAUGAGUGUGCCACUGAGGAGCACAACUGCAACCCCAAUGCCAACUGCAUCAACACCCCUGGCUCGUACCGCUGCACCUGCAAGGAGGGAUUCAACGGCGAUGGCUUUUCCUGCUCAGACACGGAUGAAUGUGCGGAAAACGUAAACCUGUGUGAGAACGGUCACUGCCUGAACGCGCCAGGUGGCUAUCGCUGCGAAUGCGAGAUGGGCUUCACUCCCACAGAGGACAGCAAGGCUUGCCAGGAUAUCGACGAGUGCAACUUCCAGAACAUCUGUGUUUUCGGAACCUGCCAGAACCUGCCAGGAAUGUUCCGCUGUGUUUGUGAUGACGGCUACGAGUUGGACCGCAGUGGCGGCAACUGCACUGAUGUGAAUGAGUGCGCCGACCCAGUGAACUGCAUCAACGGCAUAUGUGUGAACAUGCCAGGCAGCUACCUCUGCAACUGCCCCCCCGAUUUUGAGCUCAACCCUACUGGAGUGGGCUGCGUGGACACCCGUGUGGGCAACUGUUUCCUGGACACGCUGGCUCGCGGCGACGGAGGAAUAUCGUGCAGCGCAGAGAUCGGUGUGGGCGUCACCAGGGCAUCCUGUUGCUGUUCCCUGGGAGGAGCCUGGGGGAACCCCUGUGAACUGUGCCCACCGGUCAACUCCACGGAAUACAAGACGCUGUGCCCUGGAGGAGAGGGCUUCAGGCCUAACCCCAUCACUGUCAUCCUGGAAGAUAUCGACGAGUGCCAGGAGCUGCCCGGCCUGUGCCAGGGCGGCAACUGCGUCAAUACGUUUGGCAGCUUCCAAUGCGAGUGCCCUGCUGGGUACUACCUCAAUGAGGAGACGCGCAUCUGCGAGGACAUUGAUGAGUGCACAGCCCACAUCGGCAUCUGUGGCCCUGGAACAUGCUACAACACCCUGGGCAACUACACCUGCGUCUGCCCCCCUGAGUACAUGCAGGUCAACGGAGGCAACAACUGCAUGGAUAUGCGAAAGAGCGUGUGCUAUCGCAACUUCAAUGACACCUGUGAGAACGAACUGUCUUUCAACAUGACCAAGAAGAUGUGCUGCUGUGCCUACAAUGUGGGCAAGGCCUGGAACAAGCCAUGCGAGGCCUGCCCCAUCCCUGCAACAGCUGAAUACCAGCUCCUAUGUGGGAACCAGGCCCCUGGAUUCAUCAUUGACAUUCACACAGGGAAGCCCAUUGAUAUCGACGAAUGUCGGGAGAUCCCAGGAAUCUGUGCCCAUGGCGUGUGCAUCAACCAGAUCGGCAGCUUUCGCUGCGAAUGCCCCAUGGGCUUCAGCUACAACAACAUCUUGCUCAUCUGCGAAGACAUUGAUGAGUGCAACAGCGGAGACAACCUGUGUCAGCGUAAUGCCAACUGCAUCAACAUCCCUGGGAGCUACCGCUGCGAGUGCUCACCUGGGUUCAAGCUGUCCCCCAGCGGAGCGUGUGUGGACCGGAACGAGUGCCAAGAGAUUCCCAAUGUGUGCAGCCAUGGCGAGUGCAUCGACACGCAGGGCAGCUACCGAUGUCUCUGCCACAAUGGCUUCAGGGCCACUGCUGACCAGACCAUGUGCAUGGACAUCGAUGAAUGCGACCGGCAGCCUUGCGGAAACGGCACUUGCAAGAACACCGUGGGCUCAUACAACUGCCUGUGUUUCCCCGGCUUUGAGCUCACGCACAACAACGACUGCAUGGAUGUGGACGAGUGCUCAGCAUUGGUGGGCCAGGUGUGCAGGAAUGGCCAGUGUAUCAAUAGCAUUGGCGCCUUCCAGUGUUUAUGCUUUGAGGGCUAUGAGCUCAUCUUGGAUGGCAAGAACUGUGUGGACAUCAACGAGUGCAUGAGCUUCCCAGGAACCUGCUCACCUGGGAUCUGUCAGAACCUGGACGGUUCGUUCCGCUGCAUCUGUCCAGCUGGGUACGCCGUGCAAAAUGACCAGUGCAUUGACAUCAACGAGUGCGAAGUGGAGCCCAACAUCUGCCAGUUCGGUAGCUGCUCCAACACACCGGGCAGCUUCCAGUGCAUCUGCCAGGAGGGCUUCGUGCUGUCUGACAAUGGUCGCCGCUGCUUCGACAUUCGCGAAAGCUUCUGCUUCACUCGAUUUGAGGCAGGCAAAUGCUCCGUGCCCAAAGCCUUCAACACCACCAAGGCAAAGUGCUGUUGCAGCAAGAUGCCUGGCGAAGGAUGGGGCGAUCCAUGCGAACUGUGCCCGCGGGAGAGUGAGGCUGCUUUCAACAGCCUUUGCCCCUACGGCCUUGGAGCUCUACCUGGACUGGGUGACACUCGUGAAGACAUGAACGAAUGUCUGGACAACCCGGGCAUUUGUGUGAAUGGCGUGUGCAUCAACACUGACGGCUCCUUCCGCUGCGAGUGCCCCUUCGGCUACAGCCUGGACUACACGGGGGUAAACUGUGUGGACACGGACGAGUGCUCCAUUGGCAAGCCCUGUGGCAAUGGCACCUGCACCAAUGUGGUGGGAGGCUUCGAGUGUGCCUGUCAGGAGGGCUUCGAACCUGGGUCCAUGAUGACAUGUGAAGACAUCAACGAGUGUGCCUUGAACCCACUGCUCUGUGCCUUUCGCUGCGUCAACACCUUUGGCUCCUACGAAUGCACCUGCCCAUCAGGAUACGUGCUUCGUGACGACAACAGGAUGUGCAGAGACCAGGACGAGUGUACCGAUGGCCUUGACGACUGUGAGUCCAAGGGCAUGACCUGCAAGAACCUCAUCGGUACCUUCAUGUGCAUCUGCUCCCCAGGCAUGCAGCGGAGGCCUGAGGGGGAUGGCUGCAUGGACCUCAACGAGUGCCGCACCAAGCCUGGCAUCUGCAAGAAUGGCCGCUGCGUGAACACUGUGGGCAGCUACCGCUGCGAGUGCAACGAGGGCUUCCAGCCCAGUUCCACGGGCACCGAGUGCAUCGACAACAGGCAGGGCUUCUGCUUCACAGAGGUGCUGCAGACCAUGUGCCAGCAGGGCUCCACCAACCGCAACAGCGUCACCAAGUCAGAGUGCUGCUGCAAUGGCGGGCGCGGAUGGGGCCCCCACUGCGAGCUCUGCCCCCUGCCCGGCACUGUACAGUACAAACGAAUGUGCCCCCUGGGCCCGGGCUACACCACCGACGGCAGAGAUAUCAACGAGUGCCAGGUGAUGCCCAAUCUGUGUAAGAACGGCCAGUGUAUCAACAGCAUAGGCUCCUUCCGCUGCCACUGCAACACAGGCUACACCCCUGACUUCACCGGGACCACCUGCGUGGACGUGGACGAGUGCACCCAGUCACCGAAACCCUGCAACUUCCUGUGCAAGAACGCAGAGGGAAGCUACCUGUGCUCCUGUCCCAGGGGGUACAUCCUGCAGCCUGAUGGCAAGACCUGCAAAGACCUGGACGAGUGCUCCACCAAGCAGCACAACUGCCAGUUUCUGUGCGUCAACACCAUCGGGGGUUUCACCUGCAAGUGUCCUGUCGGCUUCACCCAGCACCAGACUACCUGCAUCGACAACAACGAGUGCAAUGCCCAGCCCAAUGUGUGCGGCACCCGCGCCUCCUGCCUCAACACACCAGGCAGCUUCAACUGCGAGUGUCAGAAAGGCUUCUCCCUGGACAGCAGCGGCCUUGAGUGCGAGGAUGUGGACGAGUGCAGCGGGAACCACCGCUGUCAGCACGGCUGCCAGAACAUGCUGGGGGGGUUCCGCUGUGGCUGCCCACAGGGCUAUGUGCAGCACUACCAGUGGAACCAGUGUGUAGAUGAGAACGAGUGCUCCAGCCCCCAGGUGUGUGGUUCUGCCUCCUGCUACAACACGCUGGGCAGCUUUAAGUGUGUGUGCCCAUCUGGCUUCGACUACGAGCAGAGCGCCGGAGGCUGCCAGGAUGUCAACGAGUGUUCCCUGGGAAACAACCCCUGUAGCUUUGGCUGCUCCAACACUGACGGGGGCUACCUGUGCGGAUGUCCCGGCGGCUACUACAGAGCAGGACAGGGACACUGUAUCUCAGGUGUGGGCUUCCAGGGGCAGUUUGCACCUGCUCAAGAGGAGGGUGACGACGACAGCUUCCUCUCCCCAGAGGCCUGCUAUGAGUGCAAGGUCAACGGUGGCAAAAACGGGCGCCAGAGGCGCAAUGCUGGUGCCAAUGAUCUAAACAAGAAGGAAGGCCUUAGCAUGGCCAGCGUGGACACACAGGCCUCCAUCCCCAUGAACCUCAGCCUGGCCCUGCUGCAGAACAAGGAGCCCCUACUGGAGCUGCUGCCUGCCCUGGAACCCCUGGAGCAUCACGUGCGCUACGUCAUCAUUCACGGCAACCAGGAUGACCACUUCCGCCUGUUGGAGCGCCGCGACGGCAAGACCGUGCUGCAACUGGGCCGCCAGACCCCCCUGCCGGGCUCUUACCGCCUGGAGAUUGCCAGCCUGCCCCUGUUUGGUCCACGCAAGCUGCGGCACCUCGAGGACCAGCAUGACAGCGACUACCUGCUGGGGGAGAUCGGCGAUGCCCUACGCGUCAAGCUGGACAUCCACCUGCACUGAGUACCGUCUGUGGACUGCCGGCUGCCGGCUCCCCACACCACACCCCUCACCCCCCCACCCCCCACCCCAUGGGGCAGUCUUUAAAGAACUGAGUCAGCCAUCCACCACUUUUUUGUUCACUAUUUGUUCUUUUUUUGUCCUUCCCCAUUCACUUGCCCACUCAGCCCCUGCAUGGGGUACAUUGCCAGAAGGUGCCCGAUUUUUGACCCACAAAUUCCCCCCAGUGUUUCUGUUUGGGUUCGACAGACCUGACAUGUGGAACCACUUGACUAUUCUCUUCAGCUAGAGGGAGCUCAGUUACGAUUAGGGCAGAUAGUUAGGGAUGGAGAGAGAGAGAAGUGAAUGUCAAUUUCUUUGCAUUAUGUACACUUUUAUUUAGUCUUCAGAGGUUAUCUUGAGCCACUGACUAGACAUAUAGCCCGACAUCAACUAUUGGCAAAUUUGUGUCAAAGACUUUUUGGGACAAGAUGAGAAUUGCUUGUUCUGCUUGUGAAACAGGUCUCCAAACACUCACUCACUCACUCACUCACUCACUCACUCACUCACCUGCCUGUAGCGUCAGUCAUAUCACAGUACUGGGGUCAAAGAUCACACCAUGCUACAUUCAUUUACUGUUAUCUCCAAUCCACAGUGUUUAAAAGUAGGACUCGCGUUCACACGAAGGACUGCAGCAUUUCAGGUGUUUCAGGAGGAAAACUUAACGCCGUGUAAAGCGCAGAAGGUGAAGCAACUCUUCCGUACUCUCGAUAUAGUCAUCUCGCAACAUGAACCCAACGUUUAGGUGCCCUGGGUGUGUUUGCUUGUGCUGUGGCAUUCUGUUACCUCAACCGUCUUCAGAAAAACAAAAAAAACUGUUUUAUUGCUGCCUCUGAGCAGCAGGGGGCCACACUGUCCCUCAUCAAGAGAACCUAUGGCGAGCACAUCCCUCCUGAACCACGAGGUUUGGGUUGGGCUUCGUCUCUGUCUGCUUACUGUUAGCGCUCAGAACCAGAGGUUCAAAAAGACAAACUGGACAUAACUCUGCUGGUGCUGCGGUUUCAUCGUGCACUGAAGCUUUGCCAAUAUAUCAGGGAGAUUUGCCAAAGAAAAGCGGCAAACCAAACACUGACCACACACUUGUGGCAGGAUGAGGACCAAAAGUAAUGAUGCAGUCAUAGUGCGUUAGUGAGCGCUGUAAAUCUGUCAGUUUGAACCUCUUAUUCCGCCCCCCACUCUCCUUUUUAACUAUCUAGCGUACUUUGAGCAAAUACAUUCCUUAAACACACUGACUUGACAAAGGCUGAGCGAGAACGAAAAUGCAGCAAGCGGACAGUGGGCACGAAACUUGUGCGCAUCUGUUCCAGCACACACCAAAGACGCACACACAGGCGACCUCAAGCAAAGGAAACACUCGUCAGGUUAGCUCUUUAGCCUUUGUCACAACCUCGCUGAAAGAAACGACGGUGCUACCCGCUUCCAACUGUAUGACACGCAAAAAAGUGACAUUUUUUUAUUAGGUAUUGUUGUUUGUAUUUGUGUGUCUUUUUGUACUGUGUCAUUAUUCAACUUGCUUGAGAAUUAAAUUGUAUAUUUUUAAGUGAAAUGUAGGUUUUUUUAAAAAAUUUUUUUCUAAAUGCAUCAUGGCUGCCGAACCAAAAACUUUGAAAAGCAAAUAUUGAAGGCCUGAUACGUUUGCUGCGCUCAGAAUCUCCAGGACAAAUUGGUCAGAGAUUGUCGAGCGCCGCCAGGAAACGCCACCGUUUCAGCGUUUACUGGUGCGCAACGUCUAUGAGCUCCCGGCCCUCACCAGUUUUUUUAAGGGGCCCGUGAGAAGGUGGCGCGACAGAGCGCUGGCCCAGACCGGUCGACGCUCUAACAAAAAGAGCGAGUCCAAACGGAGCCGCGCAAACUCAGGCCUUCAGGCACUUGAUCGUCUUGAGUGGUCUUAAGUGUCUGGUGCUAAACAACAAUGACCUUCAGCGUGUGAACAUCGCAACUGCUGCACUGUACUAAAGCCUGAGCUGUAUUUAUGCAUAACCGCCUCUAACCUGGGAAACCUGUAUACUUUGUAUCUUUCUUCAUUGGUUUUGUUCUGUUUGAUUUGCCACUACAUGUAAGAAUGUGUGUGUGUGUGUGUGUGUGUGUGUGUGUGUGUGCGCGUGUGCGUGUGUGUGUGCGUGUGUGCGCGCGCGUGUGUACUGUAUCUCAGCUCCAGCGACAAACUUGAAAUGCCCUGGUUCCGUCACUCUGUAACACUCGUGCUGCGGGGGGGAGGGGGGAUGGCCUUUCCUUACAAGUGUACGAGGAGAAAGCUGUACGCUGUGCCUCAGACAGGAGCCAAACGUGGGUUUUCAGAACGACCGCUUGAGCCAUAAGCAAUUUUGUAUUUUGAAAAUCCAAUGACUUUGGAUCCAGCGCCAACCCUCCUUCACAUGCAUUUCAACUGACGGUUUGCAGACAUAUAACUUUUGUAAACGUUUCUUGCGUUAUGCUGGGAGAACUUAACAAGCAUUCUUUUGAGUUUGGGCACAUACAUUUUAAAUCUGUACUG